CGGGGCGCGCGGCGUGCAGCCUCCACGCUCGUUGGUAAUGAAUCGCCGGUACCCGCGGGUCGCGCUGCUCUCCAAGCGCUGGCGGAAAAGUUGGGAACCGCUGUCUCUCUCGCGCCUCGCGGAUCGCGAUCGUGGUGCAGUUCAGGCGAAGAUCAAAUAAAGAAAUGUGACAAUAAUAAGUCCUUAGUAAUAUAAAUAGAAAAUACUUCGUAUAAUAUUGGACUAAUGAUGAUAAGCUUACAGAGAAAUACUUAUAUGACUUAAUACUACAAAGAAAAAAAGAAAGGGUGGACUUAUAAAUAAGUAGUGAUCUCUUUGAACCCUUAUAAAUAUGUAUGAGAGAAGAUACAUUUUUAAUAAUGUAAAGGGUGUCUUAACGAGCGAAAUGUAAGAUUCGGCUGGAUUUUGGAAUAUCAAAUGUCUGUUGACAUUAUGGCUGCGGAAGCGAGGAGGCGAGCGAGAGCCGUCGCCAUGGAAACAGGGGGACUACCGCUGGUUUCUACGUUCGCACUUCUCACUAUAGUUGCAGGCCAACUGCAGGGCUCGGGGUACGGCGACCCAGCCGAGCCGGAAUUCCUGUCCCCAUUGGAGAACAUCACCGUCGCACAGGGGCGCGACGUUCAUUUCACGUGCACCGUCAAUCAUCUCGGCACUUUUAAGGUGGCCUGGUUGAAGUCAGACACUAAGAUGAUAUUGGCGAUGCACACACACAUGGUGAACAUCAACCCGCGUCUGUCCGUCACACACAACGGACACAACACUUGGAAGCUGUAUAUCAGCAACGUACAGCCGAAGGACUCCGGCACUUACAUGUGUCAGAUCAACACCGACCCGAUGAAGAGUCAAAUGGGACAUCUGUCGGUCGUGAUACCACCUGAUAUAGCAGACGAUGAUGGUUCCGAAGCCAGUGCACCAGAGGGAGGGUCCGUGGAGCUUCGCUGUACAGCCACCGGAGUGCCGGAACCUACGGUAUCGUGGAAGAGAGCUGGCGGACGGAAUAUUAUAUUCCGCGAUGAAGACGGCAGUGAAUUGAAAGUGGUGGACAACUACGCAGGGACGACGUUGUCUCUGAGAGCGCUGAAGCGAGCGGAUAUGGGGACGUACCUCUGUAUCGCUGCGAACGGCAUUCCUCCCACAAAGAGUCGACGCUACGAGGUGUCCGUACUCUUCGAGCCAAUAGUAAGAGCGGCAAGCAUGGUCGUGUGGCGUGCAGCUGAGCUACAAGUCUCUCUGCAAUGCUACGUGGAAGCCUCUCCCAAGGCAAUGACUAUGUGGCAACGAGGGAAGUCACCAAAUGGUGCAAAGCUAUUAAAUAGCUCAAAAUACAUAAUAUCCGAGAACUAUUUGAACGAGUACGCGAUGCGUAUGAACCUGACAGUGAAUCGGCUCAAGAAGAGUGACUUUGGAGAGUACACUUGCUUAGCGGGCAAUGCUUAUGGGAAAGCGAAUGUGACCAUCACAUUAAAAGAAACGCCGCAGAAGACGACAACAACAACAACAACUACGACAACCACGACAACAACAACGGAACGCACAACUGCCGCAGCGACAACUCGGCCACCAAAACGACACCACAACAAGAAGCAAAAAGACAGAAACCAGAACACAGUCGACGUAGAAAUUCACGAAAUCAACAACGCACUCAAUUUAUACAACGUGAAUGCAUAUGGACACUCGAAUAGUACGCAAAAUGAAUACGCCCAGAGGACAGAGAGGCAGAAAGUGAGGCCUUCUGGCCCGCCUCGACCCUACGUCGUUUACAACAACGCUACAUUACAACAACGCUACAUCACAACAAUGCAAUAUUUAUUUAUUAUCUUUGUCAUAACUAGUUUAUUAAUAUUGUAAAAGAAACCGAUUUUUUAUAUAGUUUCGUAUUAGGUGAUAAAAAAUGGCUGUUGAAUUUUCUAAGAAUACUUAUUGUAAUUCAAGAUUGUUGUAAACGAUUGAGCCCGUACAUACAUGUUGAGAUUGUUAUGUAAAUCGGUAAAAUAAAUAUCAGCUUUAAUGUAAGUGUAGUGUAAGUAAAUCAUGACAAUAACUGAAACAAAUAAUUAUGUAUGACGGUGUUAUAGGUAGUCCUAUUAAACAUUAUAUUAUUAAUAUUAUCUCAAAAAUAUCAAAAAUGUCAUAUCAUUUUAGUAUUCGAAAAUUUUGAAACCAACUUUUUAUAUUAUUCACAUCAUAAACAAGAAUGUUUGUUUAUAAUUUAUACAAUUUUAUAUUUGAUUAAAAAAACCCUUCAAACGUUAUGAAGUAAAUGUUCAUAAAAUAUUUGUAUUAACAUUAAUAAGUAUAUUAAUUAGUAAGUAGAAUAAUGAAUCAUGAGAGAUGAAUAUAAAUAAAUAUAUUAUAAUAAUCAUUCGUAAAAUAAUGUAAUAUUUUAAAAAUAUGUUGAUAUGACAUUUAGUCGUGGUUAUACUGAAAAAUGUGUAUUCGUAUAAGAAAUAAAAUUAUUAUUAACUUAAAUUAUUAAGUACGUAGUAGUAUUUUGUAAAUGACAAUAUGAUUGUAAAGACAAUAAUAGAGACCAACAAAAAAGCGAGGGCAAGUAUAUUUGUGUAACAUAUAUAAAAGUUUAUAAUUAUUACAAAACAUUUUUACAAUAUUAUAAUUAUUUAAGCAGUUUGUUAUUAAAAAUAUUGUAAUUUAGUAUUGCAAAGUAAAUGCGACUUUUUGCUGUUUAUUCUUACUCACUUAUGAAUUAAUGUAAUUAUUUUUAAUUACAUAUUCACAUAUAUAAAGGAGUGGCGAUAAAUAGAGCUUGUUAAAAUCAAAAGAUUGGUGCGACUCAAUUUUCUGAAGUCAAAUUUCGUGUGCAUCUCUAUUCAUUGUUUCAGAGAUAAAGUUUCUGUUAAUUUUUGCCAAAAAAUGUUGUUUUUGUACUUUAAAAAAAUAAUAUUAGAUCCAGAAAAGAUAAAACGAGUACUCAUUGCUUAAACAAAUUAUCAAAGAAGUACUAGAAAAUUAUUAAUGUAAAUCUUUUUAAUUUUAAUGUGUUUUGUAAUUUAAUGUAUAACAACAGUAUGCGAAUAUUAAAAUUAAAUUUAUGCCUUUAAAUUAUGUGACAAAGCACGACUAUUAUGAAAUACAUUUUGACUGAUUUCACUCUAACAUUUAAAUUGUGGACAAUAUUCAUAAAUUUUUUAAUAUAUUUGAAAUUUGGAUAAUAAUUAUGAUACCUAAUAAAUUUGUCUUCCGUGUAGAUUAUAAAGUGUUUCGGCUCUUAUAGACGAGCCAAAUUAAUUACAAUUAGUAUAGCUAUUGAAGUUUCUUUUGAACUUCGUAACACGUAGUAUGUAAUUAAUUGUUCUUAAUAACUACGAGUAAGUAACAACAAAGAAUUUAUUGUAGAUUUAGAAUAACGCUUUUUGUAUAAUACAAUAUAAAACUACAGAAUUCAAAAAUUGACAAUACUUUUAUUAGAUUUACAUACAUGAGUAUCAUUGAAAUACAUUUUUAUAAGAAUUAUUGUCUCUAUUAUAAACUUUAUUAUGGAUAGAGAUUAAAUUGAAAUGAUAUUAACUAUUGCUGAAUAACAGGCAGCUUCCGAUUUGUUUAAUAUUUUCAAAUAAAUUUACUUUAUAAACGGUGAUUACAAUUAUUCUUUACAACAAUAUGAUUGGACUUAUUUUGUCUACAAAUUAUACAGUUCAAUAAGAUAUUUUUAUUGAAGUGUGAUUAUAUUGUUACUAGUAAAAUAAUUUUACCGGUAAGACAAUAACUUUUAAUAAUAGUAAAACCGUUGUGAAAUUUAAUGACAAUAACCUGUACUACAAUAAGUAUUAUUUAUGUUAAGUGUUAUUACAGUACUUAUAACUUAUUUUGAAUUGUCAUUGCAAAACUACAUGCUUAUGUUUGAAAUGUAACUUUCAUAAAAAGGGAAAAAUGUAAUUGUAAUUAUAAUAAAAGUUGUUAUGACAAUAAUAUCCGACAAUUUUAGUAACAUUAUGUAAAUAUUUUAAUAUCAAGUUAAACACAUUUCUAGUAUGAACGUAACUUUAUAUUUAUCAAUGUUAAAAUUAAGAUGUUGAUAUCAUUUUAUGAUAUUUUAAAAU